AUGCCCGCCAUUGUCAACCUUCUCUUCAACGUGGUCAACACCAACACCACCAUCUCGUUCCACGUUGUGCUACCCACGGUGAGCCUGGUGUCUCUGUUGGUGGGAGUAGGGGGGCACCUGCUGCUGUGGCUGGUUCUGGUGAGGAACCCGCGAAGCCGCUCCAAGCCCAGUUCAGUGCUGCUCCUGAACUUGAGCCUGGCAGACCUGGGUGCCCUGCUCACCCUGCCCUGUGUGCUGCUAAGUGCCAGCUUCCAGGACUGGCAGCUGGGAGGCGGGACCUGUGUGCUCCUGGGCUUCAUGACCUCGGUGACUGUAGGAGUGGAGAUCUUCAGUCUGGCUGCGCUGUCCAUGCUGCGCUACAGGAAUGUGGCACCGAUAUACAGUCCACCUGCAAGCCUCACACAAGUACUAUUUGCUGUGGUUGCCAUUUGGCUAAUCUCCAUCACCAUGGCGCUUCCCAAAGUCACCUACAUAAACUUCAAAGGCGGCUGUACGUGGUCCGUCGGUCGAGAUGAGUGGCUUUUCUUCCUGGUACCUGCUUUUCUGGUGUACUAUGUGGCUCCUCUGUUCUGCAUCGCCGUCAACUGUGGCCUCAUCAUCUCCCAACUCCAUCGCUGUCGGGGCCAGCCGUACGUCAACUGCGAGCACUCCUGCCAUCUUUUCUGA